AUGUCUUCUCAACCUUCGCAAACUCAUUUUUUUUGUGAAUUGUGUGGUAUACAGGGUCACUUUGGAUAUCAAUGUGCUCUGAAUUCUCAAGAGACCAAUCAGAUGGAGCAGGUGAAUGCCUUUCAGCAAAGGCAACCAAAUGAUCCAUAUUCUAACACAUUCAAUCCAGGUUGGAGGAAUCAUCCCUACCUUUCAUACAAAAGCAAUAAUGUUCAAAAUCCUCAACCUCAGCAACAAUGGGCACAACCUCAGCAACAGUGGUCACAGCCUCACAACCGUCAACCUCAGCAAUAUGUUCCAAGGCCUCCACUACAUCAACAAGGGGCCUCUCAUCCUCCUCCUCCGGGUUUCAAUAGGCCACCUCAACAACAACCUUAUCAUGGCACUCAAGAGCCUACUAUGUCUGACCUUAUGAGAAUGAUGACAACCAUGAAGCAAAAUACUGAAGAUAGCAUCAAGGAGUUGAAAAACACAACAAAGCAUUUGGAGAAUCAAAUUGCACAAGUCGCAGGUACCAAUAUCCAAAGGCAACCUGGCCACUUACCGGGACAACCGGUCCCCAAGGAGACCGGCAAUGCUAUCACUACUCGUAGUGGUGUCAGUUAUGAAGGGCCACAAAUGCCUACUGAUGAUGCAAAUCUUGAGAAGGAGAAUAGUGAGGUUGCAGAGAAGGCCUUAGAUGAUGUUCCCACCUCAAAAGAUGGGAAAGCUAAAGCAAGUGAUGCUGAGAAAGAGAAAAAGAAAGGUUCUGAGCCUCCAUCCGUCGAGCCAAAUCUACCAUUCCCACAUCGAAUGCAAAAGACCAAGGUAGAUCAACAAUUUGGUAAGUUCUUGACUAUGGUCAAGAACCUUGAGGUAACUGUUCCUUUUACUGAUUUGGUCUCUCAAGUUCCAAUGUAUGCAAAGUUUUUAAAGGAAAUGAUUACUAAGAAGAAAGACUUUGGUGGUGUAGAAACAGUCGCUCUAACUGCAGAGUGUAGUGCUAUAUUGCAAAAUAAAUCCCCACCUAAGCUUAAGGACCCUGGUAGUUUUUCCAUCCCAUGUCAUGUAGGUGCAUUAUUCAUCGAUAAAGCUUUAUGUGACUUAGGUGCUAGUGUGUCUGUUAUGCCUCUUUUUGUUUGUAACAGGUAG